AUGAAAGAGAUAAAUGAAGAGUCUGAAAGUAACAAAGAAACGAAUGAGAAGGAAGGGCAAAACAACAACAGUAAUAAUAGUAAGAAAGGAAAAAACAAUUACGAUAAAAUGAUUGAAGAGAUAAAAACAGAGAAUAGUAAGUGUUACAUAUCAGUAAUUAGUGAACCAUUAUUAAAAAAAAAGUAUUAUAAAUACUUUUUAAAAAUUCUGGAUUACACAUACUGUGCUAAGGUAAACAUAUCACAUAUAAUAAAAACAAAUGAAAAUUUAGAUGAACAAAGAAAAAAAAUAUUAAAAACAAAAUUUUUAGUAAUAGGAUUAAGUCAAGUUAUUAAAGCUAUAAGAAAAGGAAUGCAAGGUAUUGUUAUUAUAGCUGUCGAUAUAUACCCCAUUGAUAUUAUUUGUCAUAUACCCGUAUUUUGUGAAGAACAUAAUAUUCCAUAUACUUUUGUUACAACAAAAAAUAAGUUAGCACAUUUAUGUAAAUUAAAACGAUCAAUUACUUGUUUAUUUAUAAUAAACCCAAAUAAAGAUCAUAUUUCCAUAUUUGAAGACACAAUAAAUCAGUACAAUAAGAAACAAAAAAUUAAUAAUUAUUCCAAGCUCUACGAAAAACUAUUAGCAGCUGUCAAAAAAAAUCACCCCUUUUUUCAGUCAUAG